AUGUACAAGUUGGUAGCGUUGUCUGUCUUGCUGACUGCACCUUUGGUCAGUAUGACAAUUCCACCCAAACAGUGUGUGAUCGACUUCUGCGAGCUGAUUCUCUUGCAGUCAAAGAAUGUGGCUACCUUCUGCAACGAGGCUCCCACUACCUACGACAAAGAUGGCGGUGGUGACGAAGCUAUUCUCAUUUACAUGUGCUGCCUAGGGAUGUUCGGCGACGUAACUCACGACUAUAUGCCAUACCUUGCUGAUGAUUUUGUGACAUACAUUUUCAAGUUGAUCAGCGAGACACUCCUUCGCAGCAUUGCCAAGUUUAUCAUGGCUUGCAAAAGUGAAGCCCGUAAACUCAGCACCUCGGAUUUUCAAUCAUGGCUGGCUAACAACACUUCAUGCCCCGCAAUUUGA